AUGUUUACCUGUAAUACUUGUAAUUUACAAUUUCCGGAAUCAAAUGAUCAAAGAACACAUAUGAAAUCAGAAUGGCAUCGAUAUAAUUUAAAAAGGAAAGUUGCGCAAUUACCACCAAUAAAUGAAGAAUUAUUUAAUAGUAAAGUUACCAGACUACAGACUCCAGACGAUGGUGAGAAAGUUAAACAGAUAACGAAGAAAGAGCAAAGAAGGAAAGAGAAAGAAGCAAUUUUGGAAAAGAAAAAGGCGAUUUUAGAACAAGCAAAGAGAGCAAUGAUGGCUGAAAGAAGGGCAAAUCAAGCCUCUGGAGAGGCGUUGGAAGAUGAAAAAUUUACGGAGACAAUCGAUGACUCCGAAGAAGCUCCUGAACAAAAGAAAGAAACAGAAAAUGUAGACCUAACUCAAGAAGCGGAAGAAGAAAUACAAUUGGAACAAAAACUUGCAAAUAAACUAGACAUACCACCAACUACGUGUCUUUUCGCUCAUCCAAAAUACCAUCAUGAAUUUCAAACAGUUGAUGAGAAUGUAGAUCAUAUGUUUAAACAACACGGUUUAUAUAUCCCGGAACCAAACUAUCUUAUUGAUAAAACAGGGUUAAUAGAAUAUUUGGCUGAAAAAAUUGGGUUUGGCUUUUGCAUAGCUUGUAAUUACCAAGGAAGAAAUGCAGAAGCUGCAAGGGAACAUAUGCAAACUAAAAGACACAUGAGAAUACCGUACGAAUCUGAAGAUGAAAAAUUGGAAAUAUCAAAGUUUUAUGAUUUUUCUUCAACUUAUGAUGAUGAUGAUAAGAAGAUAAUUGUUGAUGGGGCAGACGAAGCUGAAGAAAGUGAAGGAGAUUGGGAAGAUGUGAGCGAUGAAAAUGAAGAGUCUGAUUCUGAUGAGGAAUUACUGGCUGCAGACCAAGAUGCUAUUUACCAAAAUGGUAAUGAACUAAUACUCCCAUCUGGUGCAGUUGUUGGUCAUAGAUCAAAUCGAAGAUAUUAUAGACAAAACUUAGCUCCCGAAAGAAUUUUAUCUGAAGGUCAAGGAACUGUUAUUGCUGCUGAAACCAGACAUAUGUUGACAUUACAAGAUAGAAAAGAGUUAGCGGAAAAGAAAAGAAAAUGGAGAAGUGAAAAAAAACGAGAGGAUGUUAAUGAUAGAAGAGCUGCUAAAUUUAUCAAUAAUCAACCACAUUUUAGAGAUCAAUUGUUGCAAUAG